GUACCACAAGUUGAUACAAGCUCCACUCAGAGAACGCAACCAACUCACAGCAAACAACAGAGAUCUCAUUCUCAAGAGCUAAUUGCCUAUUUUGGGAAUAUCUGGCGAAGCUCUUACUGUGCCUAAACCCGUCCUUGAUAGCAUUUCUCUGGGACAUGAUGUCCUCAUGACCGUAUGUCUCUCGCACUGAAUCGACCGUCCACUGCGGAUCUGCGGCGAUCUGGUGAUCCUAGCCGUAGCUGCGGACCCACGAUUAUGGAAAUUAUCUCAACGGACGAUAAGCCGAAAACACUUCCUGCCUUUUCUGGGCCUGCGCCCCCAAUGCAUCGCAUUCCUCACGACGGAUCGCAUGGUCCACCGAGUGUGCCGGGAAUGUACGAACAGCCAUGGCGCCAUUACCCACCCUACGAAGGUCACCCUGCAGAACAACGUCGAACAUCUACUGCUCCUCCACCAUUAUCUUCACAUGGGUACCCUGUUAUCCCGAAUCGCGAACUGCCGCAGCUUCCUCCCGACGGCCCGUAUAGCAGGCAGGGAAGCCUAACUGGCCCAAAACACACACCGACGGAAGCGCAUCCAUCGUUCCGGGGUCCCGUGAAUGGGACACCUCAUGAGCCGGCACCGCAUUCUGCGCCGCCUGAGUAUCGAUCUCGGAUGUCUUUUCCUCCCCAAGAGCCACAUAGUAAUGGCGACGCUCCGCCUCCAUUACCACCACACUCAAUUCCUCCAGCUCCAUAUUCUACCCCUGCUCCGCCUAUAUCUCAUACACCUGUCCCAUAUGACUCUAGCUAUUACCAAAGCCAGGCCUAUGGUAUUCGCCAGCGCAAGGCUGCACGAGCACAGCAGGCUUGCGAUCAAUGCCGAGCGAGGAAAGCAAAGUGCGAUGAAGGGCGGCCGUCAUGUAGUCAUUGCAAGGAAAACAACUUAAACUGCGUUUACAAAGAAGUUCCUCCGCACAAGUCUGUGUUUCUAGCUCUUCCAUUCCACUACUCUGUACCUAUGAUGGAAGGAGGCUAACAACACAUACAGACAAGAAAAGGCGACCCAGCUCUUAUUGGAUCGAUUACAGUCAUUCCAGGACGCCAUAUUGGACAGAUUCGAUCGUUUGGACCAGCUUAAUACGGAGCAUGGGAACAAUUUUAAUU